UGCGCGAGCAAUUUUAGGCUCUUCAGCAACUGCUCCUACGCAACCCACUAGUUAAAUCCGUUACGGUGAAGAAGCGGGUACUGGCAGCCAUGUCUAAAUAUCGAAGACCACCGAAUACUUCAUUGUUUGUAAGAAAUAUUCACAAUGACACACGGGCUGAGGACAUGAGAAAGCUCUUUGGAAGGUAUGGUCCAAUAUCAGAUGUCUACAUCCCUCUGGACUAUUAUCACAGGAAACCUAGAGGAUUUGCAUAUGUACAGUUUGAUGAUGUGCGUGAUGCUGAAGAUGCAUUACGUGAUCUUGAUGGAACUAUUCUAUUUGGAAGAGAACUUGAGAUGCAGUUUGCUGAUGGCAAUCGAAAAACCCCAGAUCAAAUGAGAACAAAGGGAGACAAGGGAAGAAAGGGAUUCUUUGGUGGUGGGGAAGGAUACUAUCGGGGCAGACGAAAGCAGAGCUACUCACGCUCGCGAUCAAGAAGCCCUCGCCGGAGAAGUCAUUCAAGGAGCCCCAAACGAAAACACUCAAAAAGACGCGAGUCUCACAAACCACAGAAAUCACAGAAAAGUCGCUCCUACAGCCGCUCGAGAUCACGAUCAGCGAGUAAAUCACCUGUGAAUGCCAGGCAGAGGUCGUCAAGUGAAAAAUCAAGGAGCCCGUCGCCCAGGUAUACUCGGUCGUAUAGCCGAAGCAGAAGCGAGAGCUCCUCUGCGAAGGAGGACGGUCAAGACUGAAUGCUCCAACAGUUAACAAUUAACAAUUCACAGUAGUAAUUCUACUGUUCAGGGAACUGACGUACUAUAAAGUCGUUUAUAUCUUAUGAGCUUAAAGAUUUGCAAUUUGUCAAUGGUUUAAGCUUCCUUCGCAUUCGUGAAGUUUUCCGCUUUGUUAUUGUGCUGGGACAGCUUUAAUGUUUUUUAUAUAAUUAUACUCGUAUUUAUGUUCUCUGAA